UUUCAGCAAUUUGAAGAACUUUUUGAUGGAGUUACCGGAUCCAUAUUUACCCGGUGCUUUAAGCUUGUUGGAACAACUCGACAAGAAACUUCUGGUUGUCCUUCGUGAUGGACGUACUUUAAUUGGUUACUUAAGGACAAUUGAUCAGUUUGCAAAUUUGGUAUUGCAUGAAACUUUAGAAAGGAUCCAUGUUGAUAAAUACUAUGGUGAUAUACAACGUGGAGUAUUUUUAAUUCGUGGGGAAAAUGUCGUUCUAGCAGGUGAAAUUGAUGAAACGAAAGAGCAAUCUUCAGGUCUUAUUCCACUUUCUGCAAAAGAGAUCCUUUCGUUGCAACGAGAAAAAAUAGAGGAGAAAGAACGAUUCGAGGAAGCUAGGAAUAAAAUAAUGAAAGGACGUGGUCGUCGGGUAAAACCUGUAGUUGAUGUUUUUAAUGAUGAAUCAUGAUUAUUUCUUCAAUUUAAUUUUGUGGUUUCUGUCCAUGUUUACAACUGAUUACUGAAUUGUUAAGGGAUUUGCACUAAAGUGCUUUGUUCACAUAUUCGGCAAGAUGUUUUUUAUAAAUGCUCAUUUUAUGAUGUCACUAAAUUGAUACGAAUAGGACAUAUUCAAGCCUUGCACCUUAGUUUUUUAUCUUCCAUUCAAUGAAUACCAACUCUGCUAAUCAUGCAAAUACUGCUAUUUUUCCUGCUGAGCUAAAUGCG